UCGUAAGUAGUCUAUGCCUAUAUUCUUAAAAAAAAAGCACGCAAUAUUUAAUCUGUGCGGAUUGCGCGCGAAUAUUUUUGUGCCAGUGUUUUGUGUUUGGAUUGCACUUUCAUGUGCUAACAUGGCCGCCGUAAACGGAAAAGACACCAAUGACGUACCACCAUCGUCUCUGAUCCGUCGAAUCAGUUCGCGAUCGAUAAAAAACUCAAUUUCUGAGGACAAAGAGAACGGGGACGUUUGUCAGAAGGGAUCAUUUGUUGGUAAAUUCAAAAAGACGCCUGAAGCACUAAAGAAUUUCCACAUAAACGAUCCGGAGGGAAACCUCGAUGUUCCUGGAACGCCGGCCACGCCGCGGACCUCCACUACGCCUGGCCAUGAAAACUGCACAUUCCAUCAUGACCUCGAACUGGACCACAGACCGCCUACCAGGGAGGCUCUCUUACCCGACAUGGCUAAUUCCUACAGACUCUUGCUUACCGGUUUGGGAGAGGACCCAGAGAGGGAAGGUCUCCUGAAGACGCCAGAGCGCGCUGCCAAAGCCAUGCUGUUCUUCACAAAGGGUUACGAUCAGAGCUUAGAAGAGGUGUUAAACAACGCUAUCUUCGACGAAGACACAGACGAGAUGGUGGUCGUGAAAGACAUUGAAAUGUUCUCGAUGUGUGAACACCAUUUGGUACCGUUUUACGGCAAGGUCUCCAUUGGUUAUCUACCACAGGGCAAGAUCUUGGGACUUAGCAAGUUGGCCAGAAUCGUAGAGAUAUUCUCCCGCCGCCUUCAAGUACAAGAGCGCUUGACGAAGCAGAUCGCUAUCGCGGUCACACAGGCCGUCCGACCCGCCGGUGUUGCUGUUGUUAUUGAGGGAGUGCACAUGUGCAUGGUUAUGCGCGGCGUACAAAAGAUAAACAGCAAGACGGUCACAUCGACCAUGUUGGGUGUAUUCCGCGAUGACCCCAAGACCCGUGAGGAGUUCCUCAACCUUGUUCACUCCAAGUGAGCACUUUACAGAUCCACAGUAGUUUAGAUGGACCGUAACCAUAACCGUAAAUGGAGUAUAACAUUAAAUGAGCCGUAACCAUGAAUUUCAAUACCGUAACCAUGAGUUUCAAUGUCGUAACUGGGGAUUUAAGUGGGCUAUAACCUAUUUAAAUGAUAAAAUGGUGCGUCCUUUAUAAUUAUGUGGACGGUAACCAUGGAUUUAAAUGAUAAAUUCAGAAUUAAAUAAGAACUUUCGAAGAAUUCUGAAAGUUAUAUAGCUUGUGUAUGUGGUUGAGUUAAAAAUGAUAACAUUUUAUAUGAGCCAAUUAAAAAGCUUUCUGAAAAGUAGAAUCCUGUGUUUAAUAUAUUGCCCAAAAACACAUGUUUCUAUUUUUAUAACACCAAUAUAAAAUGAUAUCAUUUAACUUUCUGAAAAGAUUCUUGAAUUUACGGAACGAAAAAUAACGAAGAUGUAUAAAUAUAAUAGUGGUCGGUCAUUUAAAUCUAUCUCAAGUACUGUGGAUCUAAAAAUCUUUUAAUAAAAGGCAUUGCAUUUGCCUCUAGAUCUGCCUUUAUUGUUUAGUUAUUUACGACUGCCUGAGUUCGUUACUUUUUCAGUAAAUGUGUUCCUGUCUGAAUUGGUUUUUACUACUUGCUUUUUGUGUCUAUUUUCUUUUUAAAUAGGUUAUAACCUACGUAAUCUAUUAUGUAUGGACUUUCUAACUUUUUCUCUUCUUAUUUCUGAUUUAUUUCUUUAGCUUCUUGCGUUAAUUUUGUUAAAUAAAUUCACUGUUUAUUCUUUUACCUUUCUGUAUUGUUAUAACUUCUUUUCUAAAUGGUUACGAACGUCCAAUUUUAAAUUAAUAUAAGUUUGUUUGUAAUCUAGAUUAAUUUGUUACCGUUAUAUAAUAUGAUUCUGUUGAAAAUGUUAUAUUUUAAACGGAAACUUUAUUAUAUGUUAUACGUAAAAAAUGAAAUUUAGUAAAAUUUAUUAUAAUAUUUUUUGUACUAUUUACAUUCCUAAGAGAUAAUCGGUCGGUGCCAAGUUGUAAAUUUUAAAAUGGAGUAUUGUGGCAAUAUCGAUUAUAUUAUAUACUGCCUUCUAUCAUUUAGAUUAGUUAAUUUUGUUGUCUAAGUUACACAGCUUGCUUCGAGCACAUUCAUGUAAUGCUUUCAACUUUCAAGUUUAUUUUUACAAUAUUCUUUAAGAUCACUUAUUUUCUAUCGUAAAGACAAUAAUUUGAGGUUCAUUUUAAAAUAUUUUGAAAAACACGAUUUAACGAAUUGCCCAAAUCGUGCUUUUCAAAUCUGAAAAAGUACAAAGAUAAAAAAAAAGAAAAAAUCUCCACUCUCGUAAAAAUCUCAAGCCGUUAAUGGCUGACGCUUGACAUUUUUACAUAUUUUUUAUUUUUAUUUUUUAAAAAUAAAAAAACUAUGAGAAACCCAUGACGUUGCCUUAUAAUAAAUGAAUAUACGAAUUUUUAUAUGUUAAAUUAUAUAAAAAUGUAUAAUUGAGAUAUUUUUUAUUUUAUAAAUAAAGUUUUUUUAAGUUA